CUCUGAAAGCCGCUCAAAGACUUUAUGUAAAGGUGGGUGUGGGGCUUUUGGGUCUUUACAGGUACAGUUUGUGUUUAGAGGGACUAAGCUAUGGGUAGGCAGCCUUGCUGUGACAAACUCGGUGUGAAAAAAGGGCCAUGGACAGCUGAGGAAGACAAGAAACUCAUCAACUUUAUUCUCACCAAUGGCCAGUGUUGCUGGCGUGCUGUUCCUAAGCUUGCUGGCCUCCGCCGCUGCGGCAAGAGCUGCCGCCUUCGAUGGACUAAUUAUCUUCGACCUGAUUUGAAGAGAGGCCUUCUUUCUGAGGAUGAAGAAAAGUUGGUUAUUGACCUUCAUGGCCGUCUUGGCAAUAGGUGGUCGAAGAUUGCGGCCAGGUUGCCAGGCAGAACUGAUAAUGAGAUCAAGAAUCACUGGAACACCCACAUCAAGAAAAAGCUUAUUAAAAUGGGAAUUGAUCCUGCUACUCAUGAACCCUUGAACAAACAAGCUAAGGCUGAAGAAAGUUCUUCCCAUGCUGAUAAUUCUGCAGAAAAUCAUAUUACAGAAAAUGAUAGCAUCGUCAACUCAUCAAAGGAUAAUUCGAGUUCACCAACUGAAAAUUGCUCUAGUACUAAUGACUCUAAUUUAUUAGACAGCAUUUGCAACGAUGAAUCGUUAUUGACUAGCUUAUGGAUGGAUGAACCUCCCCUAGUUGAUGCUUCAUGGAACAGCAUACCAGCAGGAGAAACUUGUAAUGGCACAAGCUUGCCAUCUUGGGAGGACAACUGCGCAUGGUUGCUGGAUUGUCAGGAUUUUGGUAUUCAUGACUUUGGGUUCGAUUUCCUAAACGACGUUGAAGUAAACACGAUGAACACGUUAGAGAUGGGCGACAAAACAACAGCCUGACGCACCAUAGUUGAUUACUUAAAGCUUCAAAUUAAGGUGCUUUAUGUUUAGUUGAUUUUAGGUCCUCACUGUUGAUUUUAUGUUCCUGUAUUUCGGAAUAUUGUUGG